UUUUUUCUAAUCAUACUAACCCGUUUAUACUGUUGUUCUACCUACCCCCUACCACCUACGCGAUUUACGACUUGCCAUGACCUUUAUUGGGAUGUUUUUUUGUGUGUCUUGCGUUAGUCGUUUAUCUUCGCCCCCCCUGCAAGUCUUCCAAUCUGGAGUUAUUGGCGCUCGCUGAUGGCAUCAGAAUACACCGCCCAGAAAGCUUCAGAUAUCGAAGAACGUCUCCGUCGCCUUAUUUUGCUAAUAGCUUGAGCAGUUUUUCUGUCCCCGAGCUGCCUUCUAACACGUCAAUCGUCUGUCUUUAUCCCUGAUCCACGUAAAACCAACCAUGGCGGAAGAUAUUCCCCCGACUCAGUCUCAAGCUCAAUCAGAGGUCAAGCCAGAGGGUGACAAUUCCCCCAUCAACGUGAAGGUUGUUAGCUCUACGGGAGACGAAGUCUUCUUCAAAAUCAAGCGUAACACGAAAUUGAGCAAACUGCAAGGCGCCUAUGCAAAUAAAGUAGGCAAGGAUGUGGCUAGUAUCCGUUUCCUGUACGAUGGUAGCAGGAUAAACGAAGAUGAUACGCCAGCCAGCCUGGACAUGGAAGACAACGGUGAGAGCGUUAUCUCUUUCGAAUUUUGGGACUCCGAAAUGACCCCUAUCAUAACAGACACAAUCGACGUUAUGGUAGAACAGGUUGGAGGAUCGAGAUUGCAUGUGUAUCAGUAUCGUCGCUGCCAAUAGUUGUAUUUUUGUUUUUAGUACUUGACAUAUGCUUUUUGGACACCGUGCCAAUAAUCAAACUCCUCCAUUGGACGAAGUGGUUCCCU